AUGAGCCGAGCCAACGACGAGCACUUUUGCAAUAUCUGCCAGACGAGGAUCAGGCACCCCAAGACAUUCAUCGCUCACAUGGCGCAACAUCACAGGGUUGCCGAGGCGAACGCCGUCCAGGCGGGCGGACCCUCUGGGGGAGUAGGUGAUUCGGGCGAGGCAAAUGCGGGAGCCGGAAGGGUGGAAGAGGCGGGUGUGGGAGAAGUGACAGGGGGAGAAGUGACGACGGGGGAGGCGACGGUGGGUGAUGCGCUGGUGGGAGAGGUGACGGUGGGAGAGGCGACGGGGGAGGAGGCGGGUGAAGAGGACGCGGAGGGCGAGAUCGACGACGAAUACGGCCGCGGCGCUAGCUCAUCUAGCGCAGCGAGCACCACCCUCCCACCAUUCAAUCACCUAUUCGGCGCGGCGAGCACAACCCUCCCCGCCUUCGGCCGCGACAUUCUCCUAUCCAGCGCGGCAGACGCCACCCUCCCCGCGCCCGGCCGCAACAUCCAUCAUCACAGUGCGGCGAGCUCCACCCUCCCGCCUCUCACCCAUCACCCUCUCCCACCUCCACCUAGCCACGACACAUUCAACGCGGCGAGCGCCACCUUCCAUGCAGCCGAUAGCGGGUCGACGGCGGCCGGCGGUGCUUCGGGGAACGACGGACUCAACGCCGCCCCCACGGACGCCAGCAACAGCUGGCUUCAGGAUAGCAGCGCCGAACCGGCAAUGGACGAGGCUGCCAUCAACGAGGCCGCUGCAUACUUCAGAGGGUAUCAAGAUGGAUACCAGCAGCGCGGCAUGGAGGCAGGCGUCAGCCGCGUGGGGUGGGGGGGAGCAUACCAGUCAGCCUGA